GUUCAACAGGGCUGAAGUGUACGUAUGGGUCACAGUGCUCCGCACGAGUGUACAUAAGAAUUUAACCUACUACAUUCUCUUGUAUAUGACCUGUUUUAGUUAAUUAUGUCAACGAGUGUGCUUAAAAAUGCAUUUAGGACCAGCAAAGGUUGCAGCCUCACAUCUCUCUACAGGAUGUCCUGCAUAAAACCCCAAACAAUUGCUGUUGCUCAAAAAACAUACUUUACAAAAGUGCAAGGGUUGCCAAACAUCGCGCCCUUGGUAAGUUCAGUAGAGGAGACACCUGAGCCCAUCCCCACCACAGUUAAAGGCACCAUCCCAACCUGGAUCCAUGGGAGUCUGCUGCGGAAUGGUCCAGGAAAGUUUGAGUUUGGGAAUCAGCACUAUAACCACUGGUUUGAUGGCAUGGCCAUGAUGCAUCGCUUUCAGAUCGAGGACAGUCAGGUGACUUACAGAAGCCGUUUUUUGCGCAGCGACUCGUAUAAGCAGAACAUUGAGAGGAACCGCAUCAUGGUGUCAGAAUUUGGCACUUUGGCUCUACCUGAUCCCUGCAAGAACUUCUUUCAGCGCUUCCUGUCCAGAUUUGAAAUGAUAAAGCCAACAGACAAUGCCAGUGUUAACUUUGUUAAAUUCAAGGGUGACUAUUACGUCAGCACAGAGACAAACUACAUGCACAGAGUGGAUCCAGAUACUUUGGAGUCCAAACAGAAGGUGGACUGGAGCAAGUUUGUUGCUGUGAACGGUGCUACUGCUCAUCCUCACUUUGAUCCAGACGGCACAGCUUACAACAUGGGCAACUCAUACAGAAACAAAGGGGCUUUCUAUAACAUCGUUAGGGUGCCACCAGAAAGAGACAGCCCAGAAGAUACUCUAGAGGGAGCCAAGAUAUUAUGCUCUAUCGCCCCUCGUGACAAAUCCAAACCCUCAUAUUACCACAGCUUUGGCAUGUCAGAGAACUAUGUAGUGUUCAUCGAGCAGCCCAUUAAGAUGGAUCUGCUUAAGAUAGUGACUGGUAGAAUAAGAGGGAAAUCACUAAAUGAGGGUGUUUUCUGGGAUCCCAACCAGGAAACCGUAUUCCACCUUAUUGACAAACAAACUGGAAAGGAGAUGCCAGUGAAGUACUAUGCCAAGGCCUUGUCCACCUUCCAUCAGAUCAAUGCUUUUGAGCAGGAUGGAUUCCUCAUGCUAGACAUCUGCUGCUCUGAUGACGGACAGGCCAUAAACAACUUCCUCAUCCAGAACCUGCGUCAAUCAGGAGAGGCUUUGGAUGAGAUGUAUAACACCAUGAGCAGGCCGCUUCCCCGCCGUUUUGUGCUGCCUCUCAACAUCACCAGUGAAACCCCACUGGAACAGAACCUCAACACACGGCCUGAUAGCACUGCUACCGCUGUCUGCCGUACCAAAAAUCAGGUAUUUUGCACGUUUGAGGAUCUCCAUGGCGAAGACCUGAAAGACUACGGUGGCUUGGAGUUUCCACAUAUUAACUACGCCAAAUAUAACACCAAACCUUAUAGAUACUACUACGGUUGUGGCUUCCGUCACCUAGUGGGUGACUCCUUAAUUAAGAUGGAUCUGGAAAGCAAAAAGUUCAAGGUAUGGCGCCAGCCUGAUCUCUACCCAUCAGAGCCUGUCUUCAUUCCUUCACCCAAUGCGGAGGAAGAGGAUGAUGGAGUCAUCCUGUCUGUGAUCAUCACACCAGUUAAGGAUAAGAGUACAUUUCUUUUAGUCCUAGAUGCCAAAACAUUUGAAGAGCUGGGAAGAGCCGAAGUGCCUGUCAACAUUCCCUAUGGAUUCCACGGAGUCUUCAACUCCAGUGCAUGAAGCUCUUUGGAUCUCUCUAACAAAAAAACAACAAAUGACAAGUAGCUCUUCUGAAUGUUUCCCACAUCAAUCACCUGCUACUAUUGAAAGCAUGAGACUAGCAGAACAAUGUGUCUGUGAAAUCAGCCCAAAGAGAUCCUUUACCAUAUCAACCUCAUAUUUAAAAAAAAAAAAAAAAUAAUAAUAAUAAUAUAGACUUUAUAAUUACAGUGAAUUCUCUGCAAGAAACUAUAUCUUAACUAGCAUACAACAAAUACUGUAGAGUUAAAUUUAGAAUUAACAACUUAACACUUUUUAGGUUACACAUUACCGAUGUCUAUUCGGUGUUCAGCAACUUGGCCCACCCAGGCAGAGUGAUGUAAUGAGGAGGAAGUAGAAUGGAUACUGUCAUUUCUAAACAGCAGCAGAAAACGCUAAGAAUAAAAAGAUAGGGAGAUCUGCAAACAUUGGGUUUGUUUUUGGCUCCCGCAUUUUGAAGACCUGUCAGAAUGUAAUGCAGGCUUUGCAAGAGGCUGUUAUUUAUGGGAAGAAAAACAGCUUGUUGAAUUCUGUGGGUCAGAAAGAGGAUGGAAAUCGUAAUGUAACACUAAAUUAUGGGUUUUGGUGCUAAACAUUAUGGUGAACCACAGGGAAAAAAAAAGAUUUCUCUAUACAUAUUCUCUUUAUUAUUUUCUAUUCUUUUCAUCUUUUAAGUUGUGGAUUUGUGCAUUGUGUACCACAAUAUGAAACAUUUGCAAUGUUUGCAAUUUAUUUGAUUUGCUCAGUAUAGUAUCAGCUACACAUUGCAUGUUUCAUACAAAGCUUAUUUCUUUUACUUUAAAAACAAAUGUGAACAUACCACUAGAUGUGAAUGUAAACAUGGUUAAUAUUUUCCAUUAGAGAUAUUUUCAGACCUACUUCCUUAAAUGAGAAAACAAGCAUUGAAUGUGAAAAAAAGGUAAACCACAGAAGUGCCAUCAUAACAACAGUUGAUUCUGACAGAAGAUUAUUUUGGUUAAAUGACAAAAAAUAAUCACUAUACAGCAUGUGUGUAAUACUGUAUUAAUUUUCUACCUCUUUGUAAAGGAACCUUUUAAAGAGCUGCUUCUCUUAUGCAUUCUGCCUUUUACAAUUUUUAUAACUGUUUAUUAUACACUGUUUUUUUUUAAUCAUUUUUUAAUUGUAACUUGAUGAUCACAAUGACUGUAAUAAAUAUUUGUGCACACAAUA